AUGAUGACCAAUUUGAGCAACCAACAUGGCUCGUCCAGCGACGACGUACGGCGAGCCUACUCGGACAUCAGACGGCUGUGGCUCUUCUCUGCUGUGCCAGUAGUCGUUACUGUUGUGACGUUCAUCGCCCUACUCGCAUCCAACUCCGUGGAUACAAGCAGCCAGUACAUCCUAGUGCUAUACGAAGCGACGCGUCUUUUGGUGCCGCUUCAGGUGGCUGCUCUCGUCGCACCAUGGAACAUUGGUCACAUCAUGAAGCUCUGCUCUUACUGGGUUGGCUACCGUGCAAGCAUGUCCCGCUAUUGGAACCACGGGGUGUCGACGGUUUCAGAUGAGCAAGGCACCAUCACUUCGCAUCUUUUCUUCGCUAGCCCCAUGACUGCGCUGAUGGCACUCUGGCACGCUUGCAAGCCGACUGAGUCCUCCAUAAGAGGUCUAGGGUUAUUGCGACACUUUCCAGGUGGACCAAGAAGCGAGCUCGGGGAAUACCUUACCCUGACAACUUCUGUUCUCUCAGUGGUUGCAUUUUCCCACCUCUUAUUUGUUGGGCUUGUUACUCUUUUAGCCGCCCUCGCCUCGAUGGAGACGCACGACAUCAUCACUCCUGUGAAAGUCCCCAUGCAGCACUUUGGAAGGGUCCUGCCAGAUAGGUGUUUGGAUACGAAAGGCAUGUCAAACGGUGUGUCUUACUCCUGUGGAGUAGAACCUGUUACUGGUGGAUUCGUUCUCACCAACUCGACCGAGAGUAUCCGGACUGUCAACAAUGCGUCCAGCUUGAAUCAAGUUCUUUACGAUAGUCAGAACCAAAUCGCAUUGCUAGCGCCCAAGGACAUCAACGGAGCACUCGACUACUCAUCCAAGACCCUUGGUGUCAGCACGCAAUGUCGGUCAAAAGGGAAAGAGUGUAGGUUGCGACUCAGCAGCAUUAACAACACUGGGGUUGUGCAUUUCUGCCCCCCUGACGAGAGCGCCGGCGAUGACUAUCUUUCCGUCGGUAAAGCGUGGGCUGGGAAUGUGAUUUUGGGACCUGGCAGAACUCCCAACCCUUUCAACUACUGGGUCUGGAGUGUCGUCGACAAGACCGAAACCCACCUGUCGAGCGAUUCCGAGGUGGUGAAGAUGGUGGGCGGUGCCAUCUCAAUCCUUCUUGACUGCAGUGUCAACGUCUACAACGUCACAUAUUCUGUCCAAAACGGAACUAUCGUCCCCGAGACACUCAUCGCAACCAUGGCUGACGACGCUCCCUCGUAUGUCGUGGCCGAUCCCCUCGCGCUCAACUUUGCCCAGAACCAAAUCUACGAGAGUCUUCGACUGGCCGCCGUCACCUCUCGCAACGCCUCCGAAGUAGCUUCCAAAGUGUCCGUGUCUGUCAGUGAGAUGGCCGUGGCUUAUCUUGCUGGCAUAUUCGAGCCUCUGCAGAAUGAGGAGGAGAGCACUCGCAGAGCCGUACAGGUCGCCCGCCUUCCUAUGGCUCUGGUUUGCAUAACCAUCGCCCUUGGGAUCAGUCUUGCUUUACAGGCGACUUGUUUCUUUCUUAUAGCAAUGGGACUUGUGCGGAAGGAUCCAAACACGGUGGUCGAACGGGAUAGGUUGACACUUGAGGCGCGCGUGUCAGGUGCGGUUUGCAGAGAUCCGGUCGAGCGACCGGGACACUUUCCGAAGGAUUGA